GCUCUGAUAUGCUAGUUGACCACGGCACGCUGGUCCUCAGUGUUGACUCAACCUGGCGUCUUAAUUGUAUGCUGUAAUAUUUGUAGCACAAAGUUUUCUUAGACCGAACAUCACAAAGGAAUUAUUAUACUCGUGAAUUGAAAACUCUUUAUUCGUAGCAAUGGGUAGCAAGGCGGUUAACUUUGAAAAAACGAUAAAACAAGAAACGCAUUUCGAAAGAAACGACUCCGCGAAGGCAGAUCAACAGGAUCAGAGCGAGCUCGGGUUGGCCAUAGCGAAGGCUGUCACACAAGUUUUAGAGAGUUCAGACUGGCGUGCCUUAUCCUUUCCACUACAGGCAAACUCUGCCAAGCAUUCCAAGGCAAAAAAUGCCGUGAAAAGGCCGAUGAAUCCGUUUAUGCUGUACGCCCAGGCGGCUAGAAAGAAACUCUCAAAUCUUUACCCUGAUUUGAGUUAUGCAAAGCUGAGCAAAACUUUGGGCAGGAUUUGGAAAUCUUUGGAUCAAAACGAGAAGCAACCGUUCAUAGACGAGGCUGAGCGACUUCGCCAGAAACAUAAAAUCGAUCAUCCCGACUACAAGUUCCAACCAAAACGGCGAGAAAGAAAGAGGACACAUUCGCCCAGUAGGGAAGCGUUUGAGAACAAUAAAAUAAGCACUGGAGAUGUUUUGAAAGUCCUCAGUUCAACUGGAAACGCCAAACAUCACGAGUCGCAGAACCUGUGGGCACAAACUAUCCACAAUGGCAUCACAUCACGAGGAAGUGCAGUUCAGCACAAUGGUGGACCACAACAACAGGCAAAUGGUGCUGUAUCGUCUACCCCACCAUACUCAGGAAAAGUCAGUCCUGGGCAGAGAAUACCCAAGAUGACUUCGAACAUACCGUACGACCACAAUCCACAAAAUCCAAUCACAACAACAAAUGAUUUAUCGUCAUUCUCCUCAAGGUACAUGUCCAUGACCCCUCCACCGCCUUUGCAGCGAGCCACGACCGCCAGCCUAUUCUCACCGUCAACAGCAUAUCGUAUUCCUAAAUCCCAAGCGCAGAAUCAACCAGCUUCAUACCCGCACAUGAGCGAAAUCCAUAGUUACCCACCGUCGACCGCGAUUCAGAAUUACCCUAGUGAUCUUUCGUUGGCCAUCGGGAAUUCGUUUCUCAAGUGCUCCUCUCCUCUGGCACGAUGUCCUCCGCAUCUCACACCAAAUGAGGAACACCAAUCUACUAAUCUGUUGACAGGAGUUAAUCAGAUCUUAAGAGAUAUGUUUGGAAAUGACAAGAACAACGUUAUGUAAACUUUCUUUACGUGUGCUUGGAUUUCAAUAAAGGCUUUUGGUUCGAAGUUUACAAACAGUACUUGAGUGCAAAGGACAUUAACUCCGCCAAAAGGUUGCCAAAAAAUGCUAUUUAACGGAGUUUCAACAGAUUUUUAAGCUUUCGAUGCAUUAAGGCAACCUCACCAUCCAAUGACUGGCAUCGUGAAUUAUUUCAACCAAGGUGUUGUAACAUUGUUCCAUCAAAUUGUUCUAUAAACAGUGCACUUUGAAAUGCCUCAAAUUGAAUUGUGUGAAUAUUGAAUUGUACACUACCAAACAAGACACUUCUAAGUUCAAAAUCUCGUUGAAAUUGAUAACGUACUUUUUAGACUUGAUUUAUAUUAUAAACUGUUUAUUUUUAAGCCUAUAGACGUACAGUAUACAAGAUAUUCGCUUUCUCGUGUUAGGAACCUUACUUAUAUGGUUUCCCAAGAUAUUCGUUAGUUUGAAUUCAAAUCGACACUGCAUAUCGCCUCCAUUCUUAGGGUUAUAGAAAAGUAGGAAAUCGUAUAAUUUAAUUUUGUAUAAAUAUGUUUUUAUUCUAUGUAGUUUUUUAGGUCGGUCACAUAAGCCUACCACAAAUUCCAUAGCUCUGUCACAUACGCCUAUCACAUCAUUUCAUAUCCUGUAGUUAGGUUUUUACUGCCAAACAUCGCUGUAUAUUUUAACAACUCCACAACAAUUUUGUAAAGAAUUUUCACGAAUCAUGACUCUGCGUUUAAAUAUAUGAAUUUCAUUUUUUAA